GCGGGCGCUCUAUUCUAUCUGUCUCCUGAACUCUGGAGCAGCGUUUGAAGGAACUUCAUCUGGUUAGUGCGCCCCUCCGUCUCCACAACCGCCGUACAAUGGAUCCCAAAUGCCCAGCUCUCUGCCCGACUUGUGCAGACACAUCUUGCCGCGACAACCCCGUGAAGGGCAGAAAGAUGUCCCCAACCAGGCAUCUGCUGUUCAUUUCCAUCGCUUUCACAAUGUACAUCAUAGAGGGAGUGUCUGCAGCUGAAACACUAUGUGGCGGUGAAUUGGUGGACACACUACAGUUUGUGUGUGGUGAAAGAGGAUUUUACUUCAGUAGACCGACAGGGCGAUCCAACAGCCGACGACAGAACAGAGGAAUAGUAGAAGAAUGUUGCUUCCGUAGCUGCGACCUGGGCCUACUAGAACUCUACUGUGCAAAGCCAGUCAAGAAAGAGCGAGAUCUCUCCGGCACACCGUUCAACCUUCUACCACCAGCAAACAAGGAAAACUUUAGGAAGCCUUUGGUUGCCAAGUAUUCAAAAUAUGACUUCUGGCAAAAAAGAUCUGCCCAGCGUCUACGACGAGGCAUUAUUCCAAGUCACAUGGCCCUGAGGCUCAGGAGGCAAAUUGAAGAAGUCCAGAGCUUGCAGUAUGUCGAAACGCACAAGCCACUUCUGACUCUCCCUGUCAAACCACCCCUGGAUGUCCGAGCAUUAUCAAAGAAAUACUUCAGUCAGGAAUGAUGAAGAAAUAUUUUGCACAUUUCAUGUGGUAAAAGACAGGGAUUAUAGCUUUGUACAUGACGUCAUUUCUGUGGCAUUCCAACUGGGUUCCACCACCUCCGCGCCCCCAUCCCCCCCACCCCCCCCACCCUCCCUCUCCCCACUCGGUCUUUCCACCAAGCCACUACACCCACCUGUCCACCCAUCCCCUCUCCGUCAGCCAAGAAAGAAGUGCAAUGAUACGCGUGUGGCCCAUUGAGAGUAAAGCCUGGCUGGCAAAAAGAAGUUGCGACGUCGGAGUUGUUUGGGCCAAAGGGCUCACACCGAAGAGUGCAGUUCAUUUUCCAUACAAAUGUCACGCAAUGGAGUCUAGAUAGUGUACCCAUGAUUGCUCUUGCACCUACCCAAAAAGGGAUAUCAACACUUUGUGGAAUACUUAAUGUCAUCUAGAUCCUGCACCGUUUUCUAAAUCAUGAGAUUAGGAGGUCCUGUGGUGACUAAAGACGGUGGUUUGGGUGCAGGCUCACAAUGCCGCAGAUUGCGUCUUUUUGUUGAUCAUUUUUUCUUUCAACGGCACUAUUUCUUUGAAUGAUAAGUGUGGUCAGCACACUUGUGUUACGGUGCUAACUUUCUUUAAAAGAAGCAAAAGAGCUGACUCGAAGAAUUGAGAUUUGAUAAAUGCACGAACAUCAAACAGAACUUGAAAUGAACUUUCCGUUUUAGGAAACGUUUAAAAAAAAAAUAUUUAGCUUGGUUUUGGCGGUGCAAGAUAGGCAAGGAGAAGGCAAAAGGCAUUUUUAAAAAGACAAAAAUCAAAGGGAAACAGCAGUGUUGUAAUUAAUUUUUCUAUAUUUUGCAACUUUAUUUCUUAUUCUUAGUUACUUGCUUUGCUUUGAAAAUUUACUUGAACUCGAACUUAGUGACCAGAAGCAGUCUCUUUUUGGAAUUAGUCUGAGCUAUAUCUUGCAGUGUUGAGCCGCCAAGCUAUUAAAAAAAAAAAAUGGCACUGCGUAAAGGCAUUAUUUAUUUUAUGUAAAAUAUAUAUAAAAAAUUGGUCCAAAUAAUGUACUUAGCACUGAUGAGUAACUGCAAAGACUAUUAUAAACUAUUUUGUCUAAUUUUGUACUAGUAAAGCUUUCGUAGAUGCUUUGUACCAAAAAAUGUAAAGAAAUUAUUUCUCCUUUCUCUGUCUCUCUCUCUCUCCUGUACGCGCACACUCACGGGUGUUAUUUGGUAUUGGAAACCUCUGUGAGGUUUCAACCAGAUGACCCCGGGUCUCCUUCUUUGUGGAAACUAUGUAUACCCAUGCUCACUGCUGUCAGCCAUGGUAUAAUCAAGUGUAAUUACUUGGUUAGUGCUUGAUCUUGUUUUCAGACCAGCAUUGUGUUAACAACUUUUGUGUCUUAUCAGUUUUGUGAAUCACUUCUGGUUUAAGUGACUCCUCAUUCCAUUCACCGUUGCUUUGUCGAAAAAUGGAAAGCUUCAGAUUUUUUAAAAAGAGAAAGAAAAUCUCAAAAUUUACAUCAUGUAAAAUAGUAAUCAGAAAAUCUAGUUCUUUUGUCAAACGUUCGCAUCAGCCAGUAUGAAAGGAAACAUCUGCAGUCGCAUUAGUUAAAAGCUUUUUACUUUUUUUAAUGUUUUAGCAAAUACAGUUAAGGUGUACUCUUGUUAACUAAUAUAAUGUCAUGUAUUUAACAUGUGCACUCAACCAACAAUAGAGAAAGAUGAGAUUCACAAUCAUUGUACUUUUCUUUUUAAUAUCAAUAAAAACAAUUUAUUACAAUACA